AUGUCCCAGGAGGAUCGCUACAGACACAUCGUCAGACUCGUCCAGGAUGGCCGGCUUUGUCAGCUCCAGGAUCUGUGGACAGAUGCGACCCUACUCAGUGAGAUUCCCCGGAAACACUUCGGGAGAUCCGGGGAUACGUUGUUACAUUAUGCUGCCAGGCAUGGACACCUUCCUAUAGUGACUUACCUGCUGGAGGCUGUGGGUAUGGAUGUAGAGCUAGUGAAUGGAGACUACAAGAGAGCUGUCCAUGAGGCUGCAUCUAUGGGCCACAGAGACUGCCUCCUAUACCUUCUGGAGAAGGGGGCCCAGGUGGACUGUCUGAAGAAGGCGGACUGGACACCUCUGAUGAUGGCUUGUACCAGGAAAGACCUAGAUAUCAUCAAGGAUCUGAUUGAGCACAAAGCCAACCCCAUGCUGAAAAAUAAGGAUGGCUGGAACUGUUUCCAUAUUGCAGCAAGGGAAGGAGACCCAGCAAUUAUUGAAUAUCUUCUUGAUGUCUUUACUGAUAUCUGGAACACUGAGAGUAAGAUAAAGAGAACGCCAUUACACACAGCAGCAAUGCAUGGCUGCUUUGAUGUGGUGAAGAUCCUUCUAGAGAGAUGCGGUUAUAACCCUGAUUGCAAGGACAGCUGUGGUGUGACCCCAUUCAUGGAUGCUAUCCAGAAUGGCCAUCUGCAUAUUGCCCAACUCCUCUUAGAAAAAAAAAAGGUCUGCUUCACAGCUAUGGAUAAGAUGGGAGCCCAAGCCUUGCAUCUAGCUGCAGUUACGGGACAAGACCAAUCCCUCCGUUACCUGGUGUCUAGUCUUGGUGUGAAUGUAAAAUGA